AUGAAGUCUUUACGGGUUUUAGCGUGGUUUUCGGGACUCCAUCACUUAUCAACCGCGUACAACACACCAGCACCGCCAGAUGCGACUCGGCAGAACCCAUUCGCAUACCACCUCAAUUGGACACCGGCCAAUCCUGUGCAUGGCGCGCAGUCGGAGUUCUGGCUUCCGAAUGUGCCGCACAACGGGAAGAGUCCUUUCUUACUCAAUGCGCCUAACUACCACGUCUACCGUAACGUAAAGGACUUUGGCGCGGUGGGGAAUGGUGUCCAUGGUGACACAGAUGCUUUCAACGCCGCAAUUGAUUAUGGUAGUCGAUGUGCCGGAAGUCAGUGUAACGGUGGUAGUACUGGAAAACCUGCCCUCAUCUACGUGCCGCCGGGAACAUAUGCCAUCUACCCCACCAUCCAGCUUUACAUCAGCACUCAGAUCAUCGAAGAUGCUAUCAAUGUGCCGACUCUGAAAGCUGCCUCCAGCGCUUUUAACAAUACUGCGGUGGUUGAUGGUUACGAUAAAGAUACGCAAAGUACAAACAACUUCUACAUCGGUCUGCGCAACUUCAAUAUCGAUAUUACUGCUGCGGAUGCAGCCAAGACGAUCUAUGCAUUGAACUGGGCAGUCUCUCAAGCAACCAACUUGAUCGAUGUCAAUUUCAACAUGCCCAAUGGGAGCAAUCACAUCGGUAUCGAGAUGGACGGAGGUACUAGCGGCGGUGGAUCGGGCCUCUUCAUAGGAGAUCUUACGUUCUCUGGCGGCCUCAUCGGAUUGCAAUUCAGGAACCAACAGUACAGCCCGAAGAAUCUCAAGUUCACCAACGUCGCCACAGCUAUUGCGAUUACGCACGGUUUGGUCAUCACAAUGCAGCAAAUCAACUGUAUCAACCGUUCUGGCCCACUGUUAGUUAUCAACGGAACGACGACAGCUCAAGGCAGCCUCGUUGGGCAAACGUACAUUUCCGGACACGUGUACAAGGACAACAAUGGUCAAGCCAUAGUUUCGAAUGGUACUAAGCAAGUCUAUCCUGAUCGUGGUAGUUUGGCUGAUGCUUCCGGACGCUACUUCACUAAGCCACAGCCGCAGUACACAGAGUACCCUGCGUCCGCCUUCGCUUCCGUAAAGGAUGCUGGCGCUAAAGGUGACGGACAGACGGACAACACAGCCGCUAUCAACGCUGCACUCAAAAACAACGCAGACUGCAAGAUCACCUACUUCCCGCACGGUGUCUACAGCGUGACAGACACCAUCUACGACCCGCCCGGCAGUAGAGUUGUCGGCGAAGCGUGGUCUGUCAUCAGCGCUGCGGGCAACAAUGUCAGCGACGAGGCCAAUCCCCAACCUAUGAUACAGAUCGGCAAACCAGACGAGGUAGGACUGGCUGAACUCAGCGACAUGCUCUUUACCGUUUCCGACGUCUUACCCGGCGCCAUUCUUGUCGAAGUGAACAUGAGAGGCAGCAUUCAAGGCGACAUGUCCUUCCACAACACGCAUUACCGUAUUGUCGGAGCAGCCGAUUCGCGCACCGAAACGGCAUGCGAGUCGGAGACGCAACCGUGCAAAGCUGCGUUCCUAGUCAUGCACCUUAGAAAGACAAGUUCGGCUUACAUUGAGAACAGCUGGCUCUGGACCGCUGAUCACGACCUGGACGGCGCGAAUCCUACAUCCGUCGGCACGGGAAGAGGCAUGUUCGUUGAAGCCACCACGGCUACUUGGCUUGUCGGCACGAGUAGCGAGCACCAUACGCUGUACGGCUACACAUUGCACAAUGCGCAGAACGUCAUGGCCUCCUUGAUGCAGGCGCCGUAUCCCUGGACACCCAAUGCUACCUGGUACGAUCCCACUUUCGAGGGCUGUUCAGGCAAUAUCAGCCAGUGCUACAUGUCGUGGUCUGUCCGUAUCCCUGGCCCAGACACGCGUUCCCUUGCGCUAUAUGGCAUGGGAUUUUGGGUCUUUUCCAACGGACCCGGGUAUGCGGCUUGUUUGGGUCUUGAUGGUAUCUGCCAGGUCAACAUUCCUGGAAGCGCGGUGAGGCUUUAUAAUGUUAAUACAAAGGGCGUACAGAACUUGAUAUCGUUUGGUGGGAGUAAGGACAGUACGACGGCUACGCAGGCGGCAAAUCCGGGGAGUUCGGGUGGUGUGGUGGCGGCGUUUCUCAGUUAUCGUCGAAAAGAGAAGUCGUUCUCCGGAGUACUUGGAGUAAAAGGGAUUAAAGUAACUGGUCGGUACAUGUGA